GUUCAGAGAAAGUCACCAAACAAGAUGCUGAGGAUAAUGAGGGGGCUUUUCCAGGUCCCAGAUAGGAGGAGUUCCCCAUCCUAUAAAAGCCAACACAUUUGGGAACAGAGAAACAGGGCUGGAGUCCAUUUAGGAAACUAUCAACUGAUCAGGAAGGUAGAAGAAGAACAUCCACACAGCAGGAGACAUGUUCAAGUGGGAUCCUGUCGAAGGAGCAACAAAGAUGGCAGGGGACACUGUGCAGAGUAAAGUUGAUUCAGCGGGUCAGACUGUGCAGCAAGUGGUGGAUCAGGUGACAGAUGCUGGUCAGAAAGCAUAUGAUGAUGUCUGCAAAAAUGUACAAGAUACUGGAGAAAAGGCGACACGAAGUUUAAAUCCCUUUGGUCAGAAUGAAGAAAAGAAUGCUUCAACCUAAAUCCUUUUUUCUGUAUAUUGAAAAGACAGAAAACAAUGCUCAAGAUCUUCAAGUCACUGAAAAUUAUUUUCAAUUGUUUUGCAUAUAAUAUAUUCUUAAAUCUUCAUGAAAAUUAAAGCUAUGAAUCCUU